AAAUUUCGCGUAUAUAUUAAAUAUAAAUAUUUACAUGUACCCGAGUGAAAAUGUAUAGUGGGUAAAAUCGAGAUUCCUAUAUUCUGCAAAAAUUUAUCACGCUAUCAUCAAUGCACUCUGCUCGGCAAACAACAUAAUCGCCUUCGGCAAAAUUGAUAUCUCUCUAAUCUAUCAAGGAUGUUAUUACCUAGAAUCUUUACUUGUUUCAUAACGGCAUGUAUAGAGUGUCGCGAAUAAAAUAUAUUUGACUAAAAAAACAGGAAACAUAUGAUAUAAUCUCAAUUUAUUAGACUCGCGACUAAAUUUUUUUUCUACAAUUUUUUGAGUAAAAUUUUUCAAUUUGAUUUAUCAAGAUACGUAGAUUUAUCAAGAAAAGUCGAUUGAUUCUCUCGCUGACAGAUCUCAUUUGAAUGUCACGAUUCUACGACAGAUCGCCGCGUUACUUUAAGAUCCGGAAUCGAAAUUUUUGAUGCAAAUCGCGCGCACCGAUUCUUCGCUGUUAUCUUAUCGGUAUCUCUCGCGCGGGGAAAGCAGAAAGGCAGAAGAGUUGUGCGUGCCGGGCGGGCGGCUUGUGACCCUGAAGUUACGCAACGCAGCCAGCAGGCACAAUGAAAUCGAAGACUAGCGAGAGUCUCAUAGCGAGUGAAAGCAAAGCGGGGAUCAGGAGAGACGGUGCCGACGAGCACAAGCAAAAGCAAUUGAAAAAAGGUAAAACAUUUUGCCAGUCCUGCAAGAAGAAGUGCAGCGGGGAGGUGCUGCGCGUGCAAGACAAAUACUUUCAUAUAGGGUGCUUCAAGUGCGCUCAGUGCAAUGCUAGUUUGGCACUGGGUGGAUUUUUCACGCGCGAGGGCGCCUAUUACUGCACUAAGGAUUAUCGGGAACGCUGGGGUACACGAUGUGCCGGUUGCGGAGAAUACGUGGAGGGUGACGUAGUGACAGCCGGCGACAAGCACGCGUUUCAUCCGAAUUGUUUUCAUUGCCAGAGAUGCCGGCAACCGCUACUUGGACAAGGAACAAAAGUAUCUCUUGUUCAAGGUCAAGCGUUGUGUCACCGAUGCGUUGGUAUCCCAGUUCGCGAGGCCUCCACUCCGCUCGGUAAUAGCACCAGUACUAAAGGCGGACAUGCUGACCCUGGUGCCUGCGCUGGUUGCGGAAACCAAUUGAGGGAAGGUCAGGCAUUGGUCGCGCUCGAUCGUCAAUGGCACGUUUGGUGCUUUAAGUGUCAUAGCUGCAACACUGUGCUUCAUGGAGAAUACAUGGGAAAAGACGGGGUGCCUUACUGCGAGAAGGAUUAUCAAAAGCAGUUUGGAGUGAAGUGCGCCUACUGCAAUCGUUACAUCAGCGGCAAGGUUUUACAAGCCGGCGAUAACCAUCAUUUCCAUCCGACUUGUGCGCGCUGUACGAAAUGUGGCGAUCCGUUCGGUGAUGGAGAGGAAAUGUACCUGCAGGGUGCUGCCAUAUGGCACCCGCGCUGUGGUCCAGGACCUACCACCGGACCUAAUGGUAUCGUCAACGGGCACGACGCACAUACCCCACAGCAUCGGGAAUCAGAACGGAUCUCCAGCAGUGCUUCGGAGAUGCAGUUUUCAUUGCGGUCACGCACGCCAAGCCUGAACGGAUCGCUGUGCAGCCCUUACAGCAGCCUCAGUCGCAAGUAUUAUCCUGCGCGGACUGGAAGUCCGGGUCUGAUCUUGAGGGAAUACGGACGACCGGUAGAAGAUGUAUCUAGGAUUUAUACUUACUCAUAUUUGACUGAAACGCCCAGUCAAGGAUAUCUGAGACGCCCGAUACAGCCGUACGAUAAACCCCCAACUAGCCCGCAUUUUCAUAGACCUAGCUCGUCCCGUUCGAUAAGAAGUAGCGGUGGACGCAGCAGUAGAUCCGGAAUGAGAGCCUUGGUCGAUGCAUUGAGUGACACUAGACCUAAAUCACCAGCAAGUCAGGUGGAUAACGAUGAACCGAUAGAAUUAGCUCAUUAUCCUGACGCUAUGAAGCCACCUCCAGGUGCUCAACCGCCAAUCGAAAGAGACGAUUUUCCUGCUCCGCCGUAUCCUUACACUGAUCCUGAAAGACGUCGACGAUGGUCCGAUACAUAUAAGGGUGUACCUGCAUCUGAUGACGAGGAUGAAGUGGACAACAAAACGACAACAUACAUCAAAGAGGCGGAGCAAAAACUGAAAAAGGAGCAGGACGAAUUGAGCAAGAUCGAUACGGGAAUAGCUAAAGUAUUCCUGCAAGAUCGUGAAAAGGAUCGAGAAAAUUUAAGACACAGAGCUGCGAAUGUUGAUCCUAGAAAUGCUUCAAGGACACCAUCUGCCGCUCGAGAACCAUCAUAUCGAUUGCGUUAUGAGAGUCCUGUGGGUGCAUCUCCUUCACGAAAUAUUGAUCAUGCACGGCCUUGGGAGGACGACGAUGGUUUCAGUUACAGAUCCAGUGGUCCUAGCUACAACGUUGGGAGGUCAUCGGCGCGUUCCCCGGCUCCCAGAAACUAUCCACCCCUUGGUACUCAGCGCGCCUUCACUCUUCCAAACGCCGCUAGGCACUAUCACUCGGGCGACUAUUCGUUCAGCGGGAUGGGCGACAAGACUCACAGCACUGAUUUCUCAUCUGGCAAGUCGGACAUAUCAACAGGCAGCAUCACGGACGUGGAUCGACGGGCACUGGUAUGUACUACAGCCCCAUACUACUCCCGGCGAAUUAGCAUGAAUGAUGGUGGGAUCAUCCCAUCAUCCACCACGUAUACAGGUGGCCUAGGUUCGGUUGUUGGAGGCCACGGAGGUCAUCAUGUGAGAAGAUCACUGCCGGAUAUGGGUGCUGCGCCAACCGAACCACCCAAGCUUUAUCCCUAUCACUUACUUGUUAUUACCAACUACAGGUUGCCAGCUGAUGUGGAUCGUUGCAAUCUCGAGCGACAUCUCUCCGAUGCAGAAUUCGAGGUCAUUCUUCAGUGUUCUCGAGCGGAAUUCUACAGAUUGCCACAGUGGCGUCGCAACGAAAUCAAAAGACGUGUUCGACUGUUUUAAUUCAUUUUACACAUUUUACUUAUUAUAUCCGCAUUGUGUCACGAUUGUGUUAUACUGUGGUAUAGACUGUACAUUCCUACUGCGUGGGUAGAUGUAUCGCGGAGAAAAAAAAUGUGUUCGACGAUCCUUGCGAGCAAUCUGCCGGCCGGCGUAUGUUUGCAAAAUGGAAGUUCUUUAGGCAGGAGCAGAUAUAUCUCUAUACACACACAUAUACACAUAUAUAAUGACACGGAAUCACUGCCACUUAUUGUCAACUUUUUCUCGCAGCAACGAAUCCAAGCAGCUUUAUCUAUGACCCAAUUUGUUCAGCGACAUAGCCUUUCUCGAAUUUUACCAUUUGGAAUUCUAUCGUAACUUGGUUUCACUUAUAUACACAUUUAAGGCGAGUACGCAAUAACGGCUGAUAUUAAAAUAUAGACGAGAAGAUAAUCAAAUGUGAGAUUGCGAUUAAAACUCUUAAUACAAUUUGCUAUUGUAAAUAAGAAGUUAAUCGAAAAAUCGAAAAGCGGCGUGAAAAAGCAGCUAGAGAAGUUACAUAGUAAUUGCAUAUUCGCUAAAUCGCAUACAUAUAUAUAUAUAUAUUAAUCUUGCGGAGAUUAUAAUGCAAGGGACGCUACAAUGGUAGGAUUUAUUAUUAUUAAUUUUUAACUAUACUAUUAAUAUUAUUAUUAUUCUUAUAUUUUAUUAUGUACAACGUGAAAAGUUAAAAGUAUAAGUAGAGGAGAUGAGCCCAGCUUGCUGAAUGGUACGAGUACGCUGAUUAAUCAAAUAAUUUGUGUGUGAAUUAUCUCGUUUUAAUUUACUUUGUGGCAAGGAUUACUUUAUAGAAUCGCUUGCGGUAUUUUUUGUGUGAGGAGAUAUAUCAAUGUUUUUAAUUAUCCUUGAAUGUAGUAGCUAAAGUAAAUACUCUGCGGUGCAGAUUGCGAUAGACUUCUAUGAUCACUCGAUCACUCUACAUUAGAGUAUACAUAUGAAAAUCAGGACCAAAUUUAUAGUUGUGGUGGAUCUAACAAUCGAACCAUUGACUUGUCAUUAACUCAAAAUAUACAUUUUAUUACAUUUUACUAUAUAUAUAGCUAUAUAUAUAGCAAUAUUAUUUCAUACUACUAUAUAUCAUAU